AUGAUUGAUACUGUCAUAUCGGCCGAAAUUCCAGAUCAAACCAUCGACCCAGGAUUAUUCGAAGUUGUCACAAAAAAUUUGAUUCACGGUCCCUGUGGUGAUAUUAAUCGAAAUUCUCCCUGUAUGAUUGAUGGCAAAUGUUCGAAACGUUUUCCAAAACAAAUGAUUGCUGAAACAAUUACAGGAGAUGAUGGAUAUCCACAGUAUCGUCGACGAUCAACUGAAGACAACGGUAAAUCAACUGUAAUUAAACUUCAAAAUCAAGACGUUGAAAUCGAUAACCGGUGGAUAGUUCCGUACUCACCGAUACUGUCAAAAAUGUUCAACGCUCACAUAAAUGUAGAAUAUUGCAAUUCUGUAAAAUCAAUCAAAUAUAUUUGCAAGUAUGUGAAUAAGGGCAGCGAUAUGGCUGUUUUUGGAGUGGCUCCUGAAAAUAGUUAUGAUGAAAUUUUACAGUAUCAAAUGGGGCGCUAUAUUAGUACCAAUGAAGCUGUAUGGCGUAUUUUAUCGUUUCUAAUUCAUGACAGACAUCCGGUUGUUGUACAUUUGUCAGUUCAUCUUGAAAACGGCCAACGUGUUUACUUCACUGCUGCAAAUGCCGCACAAAGAGCAGUAGAACCACGAGCAACUACACUGACAGCUUUUUUCCAGUUAUGUGAAACGGAUGAAUUUGCCAGGACUUUGCUAUAUUCGGAAGUGCCACACUAUUUCACAUGGAAUGCACCAACAAAAAAAUUUCAACGUCGCAAACAAGGCACAUCUGUUGAUGGUUAUCCAGGUAUUUUUCAAACAGAUGCUUUGGGACGCAUUUAUACAGUUAGUCCAGCUAAUAUUGAAUGUUUUUACUUGCGACUUUUGUUGUUUUGUUGUCACCAAUUGCAUUUGCUGGAAGAUGAUACGCAUUGGGAUUCUACGCUUCGUGAUGCAUCAAUUUCAUCUCCACCAAAUCAAAUUCGUAUGUUAUUUGCGAUCAUAAUAUCAACAUGUUUUCCAUCAAAUCCACUGGAAUUGUGGAAUAAAUACAAAGAUUUUAUGGCUGAAGACAUUUUGAUUCGACUUCAACAUCGUUCAAAUGAUCCUGCAUUGCUGCUGACAUUGGAAAUGUAUAAUGAAGCCUUGAUAAUGAUCGAAGAUUUGUGCCUUACUAUUGCAAAUAAAGCAUUAGGGCAAUUAGGAUUGACUCAACCAAAUCGUCCAAUGCAUGAUUUAUUUGAACGAGAAUUGCAACGCGAACAGCAAUUCGAUCGUGAUGAAUUGCGUGCGUUCGUACAAACGUAUACUCCACAAUUAAAUGAUCAACAAAAAGAUGCAUAUGACAAAGUGAUGCAAGCUGUCAAUGACAACACUGGUGGAUUGUAUUUUUUGGAUGCACCUGGCGGCACUGGAAAAAUAUUUUUGAUAUCAUUGAUAUUAGCAACGGUUCGGUCGGAACGAAAAAUCGCAUUGGCACUUGCUUCUUCCGGUAUUGCAGCUACAUUACUUGAUGGCGGCCACACAGCACAUUCCGCCUUGAAAUUGCCAUUGAACAUGCAAGCAAUUGAAACACCAACAUGCAAUAUUUCAAGGAGUUCUGGAAUGGCUAAAGUCUUGCAACAAACAUCGAUUAUUUUAUGGGACGAAUGUCCAAUGGCCCAUAAAAAAUCUUUGGAAGCCUUAAGUCGAACAUUGCAAGAUUUGAGACAGAGUCAACAGCUGUUUGGCGGUGCAUUAAUAUUGUUAUCUGGUGAUUUUCGUCAAACGUUGCCUGUUAUUCCGAGAUCAACACCAGCUGAUGAAAUUAAUGCAUGUUUGAAAAGUUCAUUUUUGUGGGCACACGUACAAAGGCUUUCGUUGACAACCAACAUGCGUGUGCGUCUUCAAAAUGAUUCAUCAGCACGUGAGUUUUCAAAGAAAUUGCUGAAGAUUGGCGAUGGAAAAAUUGCAAGUGAUCAAAAUGGGUUUAUCAUGUUACCGAAUAAUUUUUGCAUAAUUGUAUCAUCAAAAGAAGAACUCAUUGAUCGCGUUUUCCCAAAUAUUGUUCAAAAUUAUAAUAACCAUGAUUGGUUACGAGAACGUGCAAUUUUAGCACCAAAAAAUAUCAAUGUCAACGAAAUCAAUUUCCACAUCCAGGAAAAAUUGCCAGGUGAUUCGGUAACAUAUAAAUCCAUUGAUACUGCUAUGAAUAAUGAAGACGCAGUCAAUUAUCCGGCCGAAUUUUUAAAUUCUUUGGAACCACCAGGCAUGCCACCGCAUAAUUUGAAUUUGAAAGUUGGUUCAUCGAUUACACUUCUCCGAAAUCUUAAUGCACCGAAACUUUGUAAUGGGACGAGACUUUCAGUGAAGAAAUUGAUGCCAAAUUUAAUUCAAGCAACAAUUCUCACCGGCAAAGCAAAAGGUGAAAUUGUACCAAUACCACGCAUCCCAUUAAUACCAACGGACAUGCCAUUCGAAUUUAAACGUCUUCAAUUUCCUGUUCGGCUAUCUUUUGCUAUGACCGUAAACAAAGCCCAAGGGCAAACGCUCCAGGCGACGUAG